AGAAAUGUCGCAAAGCGUUUCUUAGUGGGCUGGUGAUACAGGGACAGAUGUCGCGAAGGUGUGCCUUAUUGCCGUUUACGCGCCUGAGGGGUAUGAUCUCACGAUGGUGGUUGUGGUUUUUAUAAAGGAGUGUGGCCGCCGUCGUGGUUUUUCGAGUAUCGAUCUUUGUCGGUUUCGUUCGCCCCAGUCAGUCUUUACACUCACGUUCUCUUUUUCGUUCUUUUGCUUGCCCUCCGGUCAGGGUAGUUAUUAUCUUUUUUAUAACGUUCGUUGAUUAUCACUAUACCCAUUCAACGCUGUUACAUAUUUUGUAUUCUUGCCGUAUACAUACAGGACGGAACCUUCAGAAACGAAUCCGAGAAUGUACGCCCACGCCUUUACCGCCCUCACGCUCCUCAGCGGCCUUGUCGUUGCUGCUCCUACGGCCAACAUUAUACCGCGUCAAGGCAAUGCUUGCUUCAUUGUUGGCAAUGAAGUCCUCCCAGGCGAGACAGCCACUGUAGUCCAACAAAUCCAAGACAAGGUCACCUGCGACGCCAACGCAAAGACAAUCGAGAACGUCCCCGACGUGACCUCUGGCGGCCAAACCUUCUCCAAAAUCAACUUCGCCGCUUCUGGUCAGAAACCCAUGGAGUUCGCCACCAGCACCUUCUUCACCGCUGUACCACUUGCCGACUCCAACCUCGAAGCUUUCCAGGACGCGCUCAACGUUUACCUCGCCACUGAGGCCGGUCUACGUAGCUCGGGAGGCAACUUCGGAAUUAUCAAGGCGCCCAAGUUCUUCCUCGAGAUGCAGAUUUCGAGGAUCCAGACUGCGAGGGGCCAGCCGCCUACGGACCCGGCUCAGACGGUCGAACACUUGAGGGACAAGGUUAUCGAGAACAACAUCAGGGAAGACCAAGCGAUCAUGGAUCAGGUUACCCAGUUGGCUACUCAGCUCUCGUAGGAGAAACAGUGGUCUUUGGUGCAGCAGAUGAAGGAAGGACACUAGUCAUACC